UAGCUAAACUCUAUUUUUAUUUGUAUCUCCAUAUAAUGUAAUUACAAGCCAGUACUAUCGACUUCUUUUAUGCUGUUGUGUAGGUAAUAAUAGUCAACAGAUGCAAAUGCACCCAGUUUAUUUUCAUUUGGGAUAUCGGUACAUUUCAAAAACAUAUCAAAAUGAUGUGCGAUGUUAUGCCCACGAUUUCAGAAGAUAAAAUCAGUCGGGCCGGCUCUUAUAACAGUGAUGGCGAAGAAGAUCAAACAAACAUGGAAAACAUGAUGGUAACCAUACUGGAUGAAAGAGAUAAACUUCUUGAUACUUUACAGAAAACGAAAGAUGAACUUGAAGAUUCAAAAGCGAAAUUGGAAGAGGUUUCACAUGAAAGAGACUUUCUCAACAGACAACUGACCAAUUCGAUGCCAUCUGAUUAUGCUGCUAUGUCUAAAGAGCUCAAUCAAUCUCGCGAUAGAAUUUUAGAACAUGAGGAAGAAAUUUCUGAAUUAAAAGCUGAAAGAAAUAAUACACGGUUGCUGUUAGAACAUCUUGAAGCAUUGGUAUCUCGUCAUGAGCGCUCCCUUCGUAUGACAGUCGUCAAACGGCAGCAGCAACAAAGUACUGGAGUGUCAAGUGAAGUUGAGGUUUUGAAAGCUCUCAAAUCUCUUUUUGAACAUCAUAAAGCUCUCGAUGAGAAGGUUCGAGAAAAAUUAAAGACAGCAUUAGAAAGAGGAAUGCAACUUGAAGAUCUACUAGAGAAAUCAAAUCGUGAAAACAAAUAUCUUCAUGAACAAGUUUGUCAACUCAAAUUAAAUAUAUCGCAAAAGUCUGGUGCGAAUGCAGAUGAAAAAAUUCAAUCCUCUGUACAAAAAGAUACUAGUAUUUCACAAAAUGCAGAGUUGAACGGAAGUGCUGAAGCAGUGGAAGAAGCAAAUCGUAUUGUACAGUUUCAAGAAUCUAUAGAAAAACAAAAAACUGAAAUUGAACAUAUGCGACAUAGAAAUAACACUGUUCUUGCCAGAGUAUCAGAAUUAGAACAAGAUCUUGAUACAGCAAGAAAAGAUUUAAUAAAAUCGGAAGAAGUCAACAGCCGAUUACAAAAAGAAAUAAAAGAUAGUCAAUGCACAAAACAAGAAAUUGAAGAAAGAGUCACAACACUGGAACGUCGGUAUUUGAGUGUUCAGCGGGAAGCUGCUUCUGUACACGAGUUAAACGAUAGAUUAGAAGCAGAAUUAGCCAAUAGAGACGCUUUGAUUCGUCAAACCGAGGAACGAAAUUCCCUUUUUCAAGAAAGAAUCAAAGUUGCGGAGUCUAAGCUUCAACAAUCCCUACGACGUGCAGAGGCAUUGCCUGAGGUUGAAGCAGAACUAGCACAAAGAAUUGCAGCAUUGACCAAAGCAGAGGAAAGACAUGGAAAUAUAGAAGAAAAAUUAAAAAGUUUAAACGUUCAAUUAGAAGAGAAGGGACAAGAAAUAAAUAGAGCUCGGCAGCGCGAGAAAAUGAAUGAAGAACACAAUCAACGUUUAUCUAGCACAGUCGAUCGUCUGCUGGCAGAAUCAAACGAACGUUUGCAACUACAUUUGAAAGAAAGAAUGUCAGCUUUGGAAGAGAAGAACUACCUCAACAAACAAGUUGAUGAUAUAAGGAAAGAGUUUGAAGAUCAAAAACUAGAUAAAGACAGACUCACAAGAUUACUGGAAAAAGUCGAAACAGAACUUGCAUUGUAUAAAACUAAGUUAAUGUCCUUCGAUCGUUCAACAUCUGGUAUUCAUCUAUCAACAACUGCUUCAUCUUCUUCAAGUUCAGCUUCAUUAUCUUCUUCUUCGUGGAAACAAUCGAAUAAAGGCAGUAGCACUCCAGAUAUGCGUACUAGACCUAUCACUACAAUCAAUCAUACAAUUACUCAACCGUCCACAACAAGUCAUUUCACAGGGCUACGGUCAAAUGAUUUUGUUGGGAAACCUUAUAUAUCACCUCAUUCUUCUAAAUUACAUCAAAGAGAUGAAAAUGAUCAGAAUCAUAUCGACUCAGAUUGGGAAAGAAAUCAACAUAAUGCUUUACUGAAUAAAGUUCAACAAACAUUCGAAGGAACGUUGUCAACUCACACAACUACCAACAGUACAAAUGAGUUGAGUGACAAUGUGUUUUCUGCCAUUGAUAUGUCUCCUGCUGCUCAAUCUAACGCUCACUCACUCGCCACCAUGUUGCAAGAUCAACUUGAUAUGAUCAAUAAAGAAAUACAUAUUCUUCAAAAAGAGAAGCAGACUACGGAACGUAGAACAGAAGAAAUUAAGCAUGUAGUAGGAGGACAGAUAUCAGAUAUUUCUUCAGCUGGUUCAAAUACACUGCCACACACACGUCGUCCCAUGUUUCAACUUGAUGGAGGAACAGUCGCAUAUCCUGGAGAUAGGGAGGUCCGAUCACAUACACUGCCACACCAACACCAUCAACAUGAUGCACUUUCCAGCAUCGAACAACUCGAAUCAAUUCCUUCAUCAAAAUCUGCUUUUGAAAGAAUUGGAAGUUUUCCAGUUGAUUUGGAUGAUACUAAAGGGUCGUUGGAUGAUUCAAGUGGAACACCGACAAGCAGUAGUUAUGGAAGUCAAGAUUCAGUACAUAAGAAUACCACAUCUGUAUCUCAGCCUGCUGGUAGUAAAAAGAAAGGAGGAAUAAAGUCUUCAUUUGGAAGAUUGUUUGGAAAGAAAGAUAAGCUGAGAUUACGGCAACGUCAACAACAAUCAAUAAACGCUUCAAUGAACGAUCAACUCUCAAUAUCUGGCUCGAACUUAUCUAAUACAGAUGAUAAAACUACAUCAUCUGAUUCCAUGGAUGUUUUAGGUUCUGUUCAUCAAAGAGAACAAGGAAGAAGAAUGAAAAAAAAAUAUGAAAUGCUGGAGGAAGUUCGUAGAAACGGUACAACCUUUGCACAAUGGAGUGGUCCAACAGUGGUUGCUUGGCUUGAGUUAUGGGUCGGAAUGCCAGCUUGGUAUGUUGCUGCAUGUCGUGCCAACGUCAAGUCUGGUGCCAUCAUGUCUGCUUUAUCAGACACAGAAAUACAACGGGAGAUCGGCAUCAGUAAUCCAUUACACAGACUUAAACUGCGACUGGCGAUUCAUGAAAUGAUCAGUUUGACAAGCCCAUCAGCACCACCCACUUCAAGAACGACAACUGGAAAUGUGUGGAUGACACAUGAGGAAGUCAACAGUUUAUCGAGUCAAACUCCUCUUACGACUCUUGCGUAUGGUGAUAUGAACCAUGAAUGGAUUGGAAACGAGUGGCUUCCUAGUCUCGGAUUGUCUCAGUAUCGCUCUUAUUUCAUGGAAUGUUUAGUCGAUGCCAGAAUGCUGGAUCAUUUAACGAAAAAAGACUUGCGACAACAUCUGAAAAUGUUCGACGGUUUUCACAGAGCAAGUCUGCAAUACGGCAUCCUGUGUUUGAAAAGGCUCAAUUACAACAGAAAAGAUUUGGAUACUCGAAGAGAAGCCUCAUCUGAUGAAGUGAAAGACGUUCUUGUGUGGAGUAAUCAACGUGUGAUACGUUGGCUGCAAAAUAUCGGACUUCGUGAAUAUGCACCAAAACUUCAAGAUUCUGGCGUACAUGGUUCAGUAAUUGCGUUAGAUGAUGCUUUUGAUGCAGAUGCCCUUGCACUCGCACUACAAAUUCCAAUGCAGAAUACACAGGCACGACAAGUCUUGGAGAGAGAAUACAGCAAUUUGCUGGCGCUUGGGACCAGUAGGGAAUUUGAAGAUGAAUCGGGCGAGGAUAGAAGCUUUCAACAAACUUCAGCUCCAUGGGGAAAACGUUUUCGAACACACGGUGGAGCAGAUUCUGGUUAUUUACCAGGAACUAGAUCAGACAGUCCAUUCCAAGGAAAAACAGAAGCAAACAGUGUUAAAGUAUCUGGAACAUCGACAGGCAACGAAAAACUGAUUGGUGCUGAUUCACAACUGCGUACUUAUUCUUGUUAACAAAAAGACACAAAUUUUAUGUGAACUUAAUAUAUUCCUUGCCAAUUAUGAAUUCAUUUCUCAUUUAACUGUCAUGGUGCUACUAUCUUCCUGGUAUGAAAUUGUAUGAAGCAUUUUUAUGUGAUCCAAAUAGAUGUAACAUUUAUUUGGUAUCUGAACUUGAUGGAUAAAUUUUUCGACUGCUAUAACAAAAAUUGUGCAUUCAUAUAAUAAUAUUUAUAUAUCUCGUACAUCAUGUAGUACAAUUUGUUGUUCGUAUGGUACAUUUUAUUCGAACUAUUAUUUAAAUGCAGUAAGCGAUAAUAUUAAUGCAAAGGAAUUUUUAUCAUAUACCUAGGAAUUUCCUUUUCUCUUACCUUGAAUAUUAAUUUAAUGUACGUAAACAUUGAAAAAAUAAUAAGUUAUUACAAAGUAUUAAAAUAUGUGUUGAUUUUUCAUACCGCAUUUUUGAUUAGAAGUGGUCUCGGAACGUAAAAAUGUCUUUCACAGAAUUCAAGCAUAGAUAUCAAAAUAAAAUAUUCAAAAUCACUGUUUAUUCAAAAAAUAUGUCCUUCCAAAUUUUGUUAAUAUUUAUUAUCGAGAAAAUAUUCAUUUUUAAACUAUACCAGAUAUAUCGUCACAUCUUGAUUCAUUUGUAUUUCUUAGUACUUAAUUUAUGUUAUCAAAUUAAAUGACAAUAUGGCAGAAUCAUAAUAUAGUAUCUAAUUAGAAAUACUAUGAAUUUGAUGGAUAAAGAAGUUAUGGAAAUUCUAAAAUUUGAUAAAAAAAAAUUUAAUUUUGAUUACUUCUGUCCUACUUCUUUGCUGUGAUAUUAUUUUUAACAUAUCACAUCUAACAAAACCUGUAAGAAUUACCUAAUUUUAUCAGUAAUUCCUAGGAUUGUUUUGUCAUAACGGACGCAGUACUGUUGAAAUGACAUUGUUGGCUAUGGAUUGCAUGUUAUAUAUGUAAGGUACCUUUUAUGAAAUGGCUGUAACCCUCUCUGUACUUCAUUUUUCACUUUUUGUUCUAUCAUUCGUUGAACGUUAUUCAGCAUUAUAAUAUUUCAUCCAGCCAUGUUUCCUGUGCAAAAUUAUUAUUUUUUUUCAUUUAUAUUUUUAGUUUUUAUUAUUAUUAUUUGUUUUGAAUGUCUGAAAUUGUAAGAUGUGACACCCUCUAUCUCUCUCUUGAAAUUCCUAUUUAUGCUGUUUUUCUGUAAUACUUUUUGUUAUUGUAUGUCUGUUCGUAACAUAAUAAAAUGAUAAGUGAUAAAACAAUA